AUGACUUCGUUUUCGCGACUUGUUCGCUUCCUUGCGAAAGAUGGCCGAGUUUACUACGGAGACGCUAUUCUGCCAGCAGGUGUCAGUGACCUUGCCAAAACGACCAGAGCGCGGGUAAUCAAGGGCGACAUAUUCGGCCAACACCGAGUCACUGAACAAGUAGCAGAUGUCAAAAGGGUCCUUUCUCCCCUUGCUCGAAAUGACAUUAGAACAAUUCGCUGCUUAGGACUCAAUUAUGCCCAGCAUGCCAAAGAAGCAAACAUGGCGAUUCCUACAUACCCCGUGCUAUUCUUUAAACCCGUUACUGCGGCCACGGGGCCCACGGACGAUAUUCCCGUUCCUGCAAUUGCUCAGGAGGCGGAAGGCUUGGAUUAUGAGUGCGAACUGGUGAUUGUCAUUGGAAAAGAAGCCUAUAAUAUCCCCGAAUCCCAGGCUCUUGACUACGUCCUCGGCUACACGGUUGGCAACGAUGUGUCUCAUCGGGACUGGCAGCUGAAACGGGGAGCCGGGCAAUGGGGCCUUGGGAAAGGGUUUGACGGAUGGGCUCCAUUUGGACCUGGAAUUGUGUCUGCAAAGUUAAUUCGAGACCCAAAUGCAUUGAACAUUUCUACGAAACUGAAUGGGAAAAUCGUGCAGAACUCGAAUACAAAGGAUAUGAUAUUCAAUGUCGCCAAGACUGUCUCAUUUCUAUCUCAAGGAACUACGCUUCUGCCUGGUGAUAUGAUUUUCACCGGAACACCUCAAGGAGUCGGGAUGGGUAGGCGACCUCAACUGUGGCUCAAGGACGGUGACCAAGUCGAAGUCUCGCUCGAGGGCGUGGGAACAUGCACCAACAAGGUUGUCUUUAGCAAGCCUCUGGCCAAAUUGUGA